AUGGUCGAGCCCAAACUGAAGUGCAACACGCGCAAAUGCACUGCCACGACGGAAGAGACGGGAGAGCCCAGCAAGGCCAAAAAACCGCACGGGCUAAACAAACUGUUCGAAGAAGUGGUGAAAGCAACAUUUGAAGAGACCACAAAGCUGGCGGAGUAUAUCGCGAGGCUGGAGUUACUCAACAUGCACAUGAAAUGUGAUGCCGACAGGGCCACCAUGGACAAGCUCCAGGCCCAGAGAGCCCUCCUCAAGGCCGAGACUGCAAACAUGCAAGCAGAUGCUGCCAGGUUUCAGGCUGAGACUGCCAGACUCCAGGCCGAAAAAGCUUUCCAAGGCCCUGUCAACUAUAUCAUGAGUUUGCUUACAGCAACAGGUCCUCUCCCGUACCAAUGGCCAGGCAUCCUAGGAACCAAGCAGCAGCGUGGAGCCCUGCCACCAAGAAGUUGUCGAACCUAUUGA